CGAUAAUCUUCAAAAAUAUCCCUAUUGAAAAUUCGUAACACCUUAUUGAAUAUACUUUCAUGCUACAGUCAUAGUUGGUCUCUGUCGAACAACAGUGCUAAACACGUUGUCGUCUGACGUGUAACUGUAACUCGCCUCCCAGAAACCUGAUUUCAGACGUAACUUCAAGCUUUCCUUCUCUUUCAAUCAAUCAACAGUACACCACCACCUAAUACAUACUCAACCGCCAUAGAUUCACCACCGACAAAACUCGUCAGUUCUCUACCAGCUCCUAACUGCUACAGCAGCACGUAUCUAUCUAUCUAUCCAUCUCAAUUUCUCUGCACACAUAGUUUGCUUUUACAGUUUUAGGGUUUCAAGUUCACUGAUUAAUACUAAUGGCAUUGUUACGGAAAUUGUUUUACAAGAAACCACCUGAUGGACUUCUUGAAAUCUCUGAAAGAAUCUAUGUUUUCGAUUGCUGUUUCACAACUGAUGCUUGGGAAGAAGAAGAUUAUAAAAGUUAUGUGGGAAACACAAUUUCUCAGCUCAAGGACCAUUAUCCCGAUGCUUCCGUCCUGAUUUUUAACUUUGGUGAUGUAAAAUCAAGUCAAAUCGCUUCUGCUUUGUCGGAAUAUGACAUGACGAUUAUGGACUAUCCUCGACAAUACGAAGGUUGCCCAUUGCUUCCAAUGGAGGUUAUCCACCAUUUUCUAAGAUCAAGUGAAAGCUGGCUUUCACUUGGCCAGCAAAACAUUCUUCUGAUGCACUGUGAGCAGGGUGGUUGGCCGGUUUUGGCUUGCAUGUUGGCUGCACUUUUGAUUUACAGAAAGCAAUACGCUGGGGAAUACAAAACCCUAGACAUGGUUUAUAAGCAAGCUCCGCGUGAACUAUUACAAUUCUUCUCUCCUCUAAAUCCUUUACCUUCUCAAUUAAGGUACUUACAGUAUGUAUCAAGGAGGAAUGUCGCUACAGAAUGGCCUCCAUUGGAUAGGGCACUCACUUUGGAUUGUGUGAUAAUCCGAAUGAUUCCUGAUAUUGAUGGAAACGGUGGUUGCUGUCCUAUUUUUAGGGUUUAUGGACAAGAUCCUUUUUUUCCUGGUGAUAAAACCCCUAAACUUCUGUACUCAACUCCAAAAGGGAGCAAGAAUGUCCGACACUACAAACAAGCAGAAUCUGAACUGGUUAAAAUUGACAUCAAUUCCCAUGUUCAAGGAGACAUCGUGAUGGAGUGUAUCAGUUUACAUGAUGAUCUGAUUCGUGAAAAGAUGAUGUUUCGCGCAGUGUUCAACACAGCAUUUAUUAGGUCAAAUAUUUUAAUGCUCAAUCGUGAUGAAAUCGACAUGCUUUGGGAUGCUAAGGAUCUAUUUCCCAACGACUUCAGAGCUGAGCUUCUUUUCUCAGACAUGGACACUACUGCAGUUUCUACAGUUCCAAUAGAUUCGACUUAUUUUGAAGAAGAGGGCCUUCCUAUAGAAGCUUUUGCUAAAGUUCAAGAGAUGUUUAACAGUGUAGAUUGGUUAGAUCCUAAAAGUGAUGCUGCAAGAAAUGUUCUCCACCAGAUAGUUGCCUCAGACAUUGUUCAAGAAAAGUUGUCUGUUGAAGCUCAUGUUCCUUCAAAUCAAGAAUCACAAGAAGUUGCAGAUAAUAAGGUUAAACUUAAACCUACUAAAACUCCAUUAAUCCCCCCCUCCAUUCUUCUACCUAGCCCCUCAUUAAAGGACACUGAGGGGGACACUAAGGAGGACAAUAAGUCUCCAUCCUCCCCAUCCAUCCUCCAUCGUAGCCAGUUAAAAAGGGAUAAAACAGAUAGUAAGGUUGAACCUUUUCAAUCUUUAUCUUCCCUCAAAUACCCUGCAACUCCUCCGGUGAAGGACAAAAGGGAUACUAUACUUCAACCUUCUCCACCACCACCACCUCCUCCCCCUCCGUUAAAGGACAAGCCAGUUAUUAGAGCAGGUCCCUCUCCAUCACCACCACCGCCACCACCACCUGUAAAGGAAGGUAGAGUUGAAAGAGUUGCAUCCCCGGUUCCCCCACCACCACCACCACCUCCCCCAGCAUCACGGAAUUCUUCAGGCCCACCACCACCACCUCCUCCUCCAACAUCACAGAAUUCUUCAGGCCCACCACCACCACCACCACCACCGCCUCCUCUGGCUUCAAGGAUUUCUUCAGGUCCACCACCACCACCUCCUCCUCCAGCAUCACGAAAUUCUUCAGGCCCACCACCACCUCCACCACCUCCUCCAGCAUCACGGAUUUCAUCAGGCCCACCACCACCACCUCCUCCAGCAUCACGGAUUUCUUCAACUCCACCAGCACCACCACCUCCAACCUUCUCUAGUGGAAAUGUGAAGAAGGGUGUUGUCCCACCUCCACCCCCACCAAAAGCAGGCAAUAAUCCUGGAGCUCCAUCUCCUCCACCACCUUUAACUAAAGGGCGUAGUUUGUCAAAAACAACUUCUUUGAAAACUCAACAUUCCAAGAAACUGAAGCCUUUGCAUUGGCUGAAGAUAACAAGAGCAGUACAAGGAAGCUUGUGGGCUGAGACACAAAAAUCUGGUGAUCUUGCAAAGGCACCCGAAAUUGACAUAUCAGAACUCGAGUCUCUGUUCUCAGCAUCAAACCCUAACCCUGACCAAGGGGCAGAAAAGUCAAAAUCUCGGACAGUGGUAGCUAAUAAACCUGAAAAAAUACAACUGAUUGAGCACAGGAGGGCAUAUAACUGUGAAAUCAUGCUUUCAAAGGUCAAAAUACCAUUAAAUGAAUUGAUGGAUCAUGUCCUUGCGUUAGAAGACUCAGCAAUGGAUUCAGAUCAAGUGGACAACCUCAUAAAGUUUUGUCCAACAAAAGAGGAAAUGGAGCUGCUUAAGGCUUACAAAGGAGAGACGGAUAAAUUGGGCAAAUGUGAACAGUUCUUCUUGGAGUUAAUGAAAGUUCCGCGUACAGAAUCUAAACUCAGAGUUUUCUCUUUUAAGUUACAGUUCAACACACAGGUUUCUGAUCUUAGGAAGAACCUGAACAUAAUAAAUUCUGCAGUAGAACAGACCAGGGGUUCUGCUAAAUUGAAGAGAGUGAUGCAAACAAUUCUUUCAUUAGGAAAUGCAUUGAAUCAAGGGACUGCAAGAGGGUCUGCGAUUGGGUUCAGGUUGGAUAGCCUGUUGAAACUUACAGACACACGUGCAAGGAACAAUAGAAUGACGCUUAUGCAUUAUCUUUGUAAGGUGCUUGCUGACAAACUACCUGAAGUUCUUGACUUUUCCAAGGAUCUUCAAAGUUUGGAACCUGCAGCAAAGAUGCAAUUGAAAUACUUGGCGGAGGAAAUGCAAGCUAUUACCAAAGGAUUAGAGAAAGUUGUCCAGGAAUUGUCAAUGUCUGAAAAUGAUGGACCCGUGUCUGAAAAUUUCCGCAAGGCUUUGAAGGAUUUCCUUUGUUCAGCAGAAGGUGAAGCAAGAUCAUUGGCUUCUUUAUAUUCUACCGUUGGUAAAAAUGUGGAUGCUUUAAUUAUUUACUUUGGUGAGGAUCCAGUCCGUUGCCCAUAUGAGCAAGUUGUUUCAACUUUGCUCAAGUUUGUGAGAAUGUUUAAUCAAGCACACGAGGAAAACACCAGGCAAUUAGAGGCGGAUAAAAAGAAGGCAGAAAAGGAAGCCUCAAAUGAGAAGUUAAAACAACAUAUAAUUGUAUAG